UUGGAAAGGAAAAUGAAAAGUGAAAUAUAUGAAAUACUUACAUUCUCUAGGAAUUAGAGAAAGUUUAUAUAUAUUCUAUUUAUCUCGAUUAGUACUAAAUAAUGACAACAGGAAACGGAAAUGAUCAAUUAUUAUUUAAUUGAUAAAAUAUAAGUGUAAUUAACUUUUGUAACCAAAAGAGAGAAAAAGAAAAUAGUAGAAAGGAAAGAGAAAGAUUGUGUUUAACCAUACUAAAUAAAAGUCCUUUUAUCAAUUUGGACUUUUGUUAGAAAGGCUGAAUAAUUUUUCUUUUAAUGAAUGGAAAUAAAGAAAUGUUAGGCUUACCCAAAUAUUUCUUAAAAAGAUUUUAUAAUAUUUAUCUAUAGGCCUAAUCUUUUUUUUUUGGAUUACUGCCGUUUAGCCAAUAGGAUAAAUCAAAUAAAUCUAUUCAGAAAGGGAAAUUCACAGUUUUCUACCACAAACUUUACUGAAUUGAUCGAAAAGGCUUAUCCUAUUCGAAUAAUGUAUAAAUCGAUAUAGAAUAUUGCCAACUGGUGUUUAAAAGAUUAGAAGUUUUGGACAAAAAUACCAGAAAAUAUUAUAUUUUAUGAAAAAGUUGAAUUUAUUGGAUAUUUCAUUUAUUCAAGCAAAUAGUUAUACUUAUUUAAAUAUUUAAGAUUUAUUCAAGCUCAUGAAUAGUUCUUCAUUGAUUAGCAACGUAAUUGCUACAACAACAACAAAAAACUUUGCUCAUAACAAAUAAUAGUUACUAUGGCUACUACCGGACGAGUCUUUUUAACACAUGUGCAUUUUCAAACUCCAGAUAAAUUACAAGAAAAUGAAGAAGAAAAUCCUAUGGAACAGAUAGAAGAUGAAGAAGAUGAUGACGAAGUACAAAAUUGGCAAGACGGACCCGAACUUCAUUCUGAUGGAUGGGAUACAGAUAUUGAAGAUGAUUUUGCAAAAGAAGAAUCAGCUCCUCACGAUAAUACAGGUGCAACUUUAUAUAAAGAAAAUUGUGAAAAAAGCGGUGUUGUUCCAGUUCGCUGUCUGUUACAGAGUCUGGGGGAAGGUAACUUAAGAAUGAGACAUCACUACUUAGGUGGAGAGGCAACAAAACCUUUAUCUGAAGCUUUAAAAAUUAAUACUGUAUGCGAAGAAAUUGAUCUCGCUGAUAAUUACAUCUCUGGAGAGGGAGCUGCCUAUUUAGCCAAUACUUUGAUUGAUAAUAUGUUUAUUGUUAAUUUAAAUGUCUCUUAUAAUUUCAUUGGUUCAAUUGGAGCAAAAGCAUUCGCCGAUAUGCUGGAACAAAACACGACAUUAAAAACAUUAUCAUUACAAGGUAACCAAUUAACGGAUUCUGACGCUCAAAAAAUUGCCGAAGCUCUCAAGAAUAACAUGUCACUAAGUUGUUUGGAUUUAAGUCACAAUCGUUUCACAGAACUAGGAGGAAUUUAUUUGGGUCAAGGAUUGGCUGUUAACAUGGGCUUGAGCGAUCUUGACUUAAGUUGGAAUGGUAUUAGGAGAAAAGGUGGUGAAGCUAUAGUCAAAGCCUUAAAGACAAACACGUCAUUAGAAAUAUUAGAUUUAUCUUGGAAUGGAAUUUCACUUCAGGGAGGAGAAGCGCUUGGUACGGCUUUAAGAAUUAAUAAAGGCUUAAAAGUAUUAGAUAUUACAAAUAAUCGAUUGAAUGAAUUAGCAGCCAAAAAAUUAGCUUUAGGUUUGUCAAAGAACCAAAGAUUAGAGACUCUAUUGAUGGGCUCCAACAUUAUUGGAAGUUCUGGAGUUGAAGCAGUAUUAAAAGCUACUAAUAAUCAUCCUAGGCUUAAAUUACUUGGAUUAGAGGAUAUUCAAAUGUCGCACCAAGUUCACGUUAAGAUACACAGCAUUAUCAAGGAAAAGGAAAUCAUGAUUAUGUAUACCGAAGGCGGUGGUCAACAAGCUAAAAUACAACAAACCGUUUUAGCAGUAUUUGAUAAGUUCAUUACGGAUAAUGCAGACAGACUUGAAGAUUUAUUUAAUCAAAUGGAUAAAGAUAAAAGUGGUGACGUCACACUAGAAGAAUUAAAGUUUGGCCUUAAAGAUUUCGGAUUAAGGUUAACUAGUAAACAGUUAGACAUGUUAAUGGACGUUUUAGACGCUGAUAAGAGUGGAACGAUAGAAUAUACUGAAUUAAUGAAUGGAUCUUCAAUGGUAAAUAAAGAAAAAGAAAAGAUUGCUAGAGCAAAGAGAGAAAAAGAAAUAAUGGCUGAAAGUGCAGCAGUUAAAAAGGCUAGAGAAUUGGAACAGAAAUCUCAAGUAGCGGCAUUAGUUGCACAAGCCGAAUCUGCAUAAAUAACGAUAUAUGACAUAUCUUCAUCUCUCAUAUAUCUAAUCUAUUUUCACCCAUCGACCAUUCCCUUAAACAAUUACCAAAAAUGCCCUUUCCCUUUCUUUCCCUUUGUUUUUUAUAUAUCAAAAGUGCCAUGAUCUCGUAGACACUAUAUACUUCAUUGUUUCCUAUUUAUUAAACACUUUUGUUAUAAAUACAAUACUAAACACAUUCAGAAUA